UGACACGGUUUGCACACGUCGUGUACAGCUAUUUUGGUUACAAAUUCUACAUUAAAUAAAUGAAUGUCUUUGUCCAGAUAAAAAGCGUGCGAAAUACAAAUUUCGUAGCAGAGAACAGUCUGAAUUUGACAUGGCAUGAUACAGCCUGGAUCCCAGUGUUGAAUCCCGGCAACAUCCUCGACUACUUCAGUGAGAGGAGCAACCCGUUCUACGACCGCCAGUGCAACAAUGAGCUCAUCAAGAUGCAGAGGCUCAGUCAGGACCAGCUGGCCAACAUGACUGGUAUAGAGUAUGUGCUGUUACAUGUCCAGGAACCCAUCCUUUACAUCAUCAGAAAGCAGUACAGGCAGUCUCCUACACAGGUGGUCCCCCAGACUGACUACUACAUCAUAGCAGGGGUGGUCCACCAGGCUCCUGACCUGUGUACCUUCGUGAACUCUAGACUGACAAACACAAUAUUCAACCUCCAGUCUGCAUUUGAAGAAGCCAAGUCCUUCUCAAGGUACCACCCUUCCAAAGGUUACUGGUGGGAGUUCAAUCAACAGGAACAGUCAGACAAAAGUGAAGGCAAGAAGAAGAGGAAGGAGGAGCCGGGCUCAUUUUUCCAGCGACAGAGGGUGGACCUUCUACUUGGAGAGCUUGCCAAGAAAUUCCCGCCGAAAUUUGUGGCACCCAGCCAGCCUGAAGCAAAACCAAUUGUGGCUGCUGAUGACCAUGUGAAAGUGGAACCCAAGGUAGAAGUGAAGCAAGAGAAACUUACCCAAGACAAACAAGCGGAUAGUGCAGGCAAACCACCACCGGACAAGAAACCCAAACUGUCAAGAUGAUGAGACCAUUUCAAGAAAGAUAGCAGGGUGGAAUAAGAUAGAAUUAUUUGUGUUGAGCUCAAUAUUCACGUUAUAGUUGAAUAUGAACAUGCAAAGACAUGUGGCAGUCUCUCGGCUACAAACAGAAUUUAUGUGCUGAUUGUCAGAGGAUUCAUGUGAAGGUAGAGGAUUAUACAAGACUUUCUGGGACAAAAGCUUAUAUGUAAGCUGAACAGUAAUCAAGGUCUAAAGAACUGAUGACAUUAAGAUUUUGUUUAUGUCUAUUUAUUCUUUAAACCUAAUUUGCUUCUUGGUAGUGAAGUCUAUAAAAGUGAACCAAUGUGCAGAACUAACUUCAGAUAAGGUUUUAUUACAAAGGGCACUUUAAUUAUCCCCUGAAGUGCUUGUCUAAUGGAGAUUUGUGAAGGGUAUUUUCUGAGCUAUAGUCAAACUUGGGUUUUAUUAUAAUGUAUUUUUUACCAGAUGCUUAAAAAUUGUAAAGUAAAAAAAUGUUCUUAUCAUAAAAUCCUUGUAUAUAAAGUGUUCAGAUUAUGAUGGGAAAAUUGUUUUGAACAUGUUUUUUUUAAUUACCUUUAAUGAAGAUUCUUUGUUGGUGUGUUACCCUUAAGUAGUUUUUUUAAGGGUACUAGUACCACUUUCUUACUAUUUCAAAAUUAUAUUUGCACAAUUGUGAAGGGUAUUAAGGUAAAAAACCCUUUAAUCCGGAGCUAUCACGCUGUUUAUUUUGCAUAGAUGUAACAAGAUCGGAUUCAGGUUGUACCAUAAAUAUAAAAAACCCUAAAAGAAACAUGCAUUUUAUUGCUUUAUUACUGCCUGUUAUGAUUAAUACUGUUGAAUGCUUUGAACAGAUAAUUUCAUUCUUGCCUGGGUAUUAAAGUUAUACUGGUAA